GGAACCACUGAUGUCAAACGUUUCAGCCUCGCAAUUUCGAAAAACGACGAACAACAACAAACGAAUAUUUUAAGAGCAUUUUUUGGAUUUUUGUCCGUUUUUGCAUCCCAGAAACGCUGAGAAACCUCCGAAAUGACCACCGCAGCUCGUCCGACGUUCGAUCCGGCCCGAGGAGGCAGCGGCCGAGGUGAAAAAGAUCUCAGUGCCAUGUCCAAACAGUACAGCAGCCGAGAUCUUCCAGCACACACCAAAUUGAAGUACAGAGACCCCGGUCAGGGCACUUCCGAGGAACUCCGCACUCGCGACUUCCGCGAGGAGUUGGAACGCCGGGAACGUGAAACCAAGGGCAAACCGGGGGCAUCGGCUGCUUCGAAUGUUCGGCGGGCUGCCAUCGAGGCUGGACCGAGUGGAGCCAAAAGGCCAAAAAUAGACGCCACCCCACAGAACUUGGACGCAGACGAUCCGGUCGACAGUGACAACUCUGACUCAGAUUCGGACGAGGAUGACACGGCCGCCCUGUUGGCCGAGCUAAACAAAAUCAAGCGGGAACGAGCUCAGGAGGCCGCUAAGCAAGAGCAGGAAAAACGCCAAGAGGAAGAACGCAUCCGGAUGGAGAACAUACUGUCGGGCAAUCCGCUGCUGAACUAUUCGUCUACUGCCAAAACGGAACUAAAAGUCAAGCGACGGUGGGACGACGAUGUGGUGUUCAAAAACUGCGCCCGUUCCGAACCGGAAAAGAAAUCCAAUCAGUUUAUCAACGAUUCUUUGCGGUCAGAGUUCCACAAAAAGUUCAUGGAUAAAUAUAUCAAGUGAUUUGUUUCAUUUAAAUUGAUUUUUUUGUAUCUCUUUAUAAAUAGUAACCACAUACAAUACAUGAAUAAGUAAAUAAAUAACAGUUUGAAUGGAGUAACUCAAGAA